AUGGCACACUUGGACGGCAACCAUCAUCACCACCAACAGGGCCUCGACGUGACCGCCGAUGACGCGCCUCAAGACAAGCUCUCGUUGUUUGAGUUGCAGUUAAAUAAACUGCAAUUUGCGAAACAAGAGUUGAUUUGUUCCCUGAAGUCGGACAAAGAGAUGGCCGCCAAGAAGUACGAAGACUUGAUCCAUACGAUGAGACAAGAGUUCGCCGCUAAUGAGAUACAACUGAACCAAACGAUCGACGGCUUGAAUGACGAGAUGAACAGAAGUAAACAGAAGAGCAUUCAAGACGUGAAUGAAGUGACGGAUCAGUUGAAGGCAUCGACUCAACAGCUGAUGGAAGCGAAACAAACGGCGAAUGCAUUGCAAGUUGUGGUCAAACAGAAGGACUCGGAUUUGAAUCAAUUGCGAGAAGUGUUGAACAAAUGUGAAAACGAUUACAAACUAAAGAUCAAUGAAUUGGAGAAACAAUUAAAUGAUUUGAAUAACAGUUUGAUUGAUAUGAAGACAAACAAAGAUCUGACACAAAAUGAGUUGAAUUUAAUGAAAACUAAAGUGAAUUCAUUAGAAAUGGAGAAACAGUCCAUCAAUUCGUCGCUUUCGAUGUCUGACGAGAAGAACGAAAGUUUAGUCCAAAGAUGUGAAACACUUGUGUCGGAAAACCAAAGACUCCAACAAACGAUUGAUAGCGAACUGAAAGCCAAACACGAGAAGAUGGAAACGAUUAGCUCUUUGAGAACUGCUUUGAACGACAAUCAGACAGAAAUCGGUAGACUUCAGAACAAAUGGUCCGAAAUGGAAAAGUCGAGAAUCAAUGAAAUCAAUGCUUUGAAACACGACUUGACAUUAAAAGAGCAACAAUUUAGGGAACAAUUGAAUCAAAUGACUGAAGAGAGGAGCCUUUCGGACAAGAAGUCCGUCAAUGAUAUUAAUUCAUUGCUCAAGAAAUUACAGGAAACUAACGAUGAGUUGCAUCGCGUGAGAGAUAGUUCUGAGAAACAGAAGCAAGAGUUGGAGUCAGUUGUGAACCAAAUGGACAAAUCAAUUGUGGAUUUAGACGAUUCCUUACGAGAAGCGGAAUCAGAAGUGGAAAGACUGAACAAAUUGAAUAUAGAUCUGGAGAAGAGUCACAAAGAGCUGGAGAGAAGUCAUAGAGAAUAUGAAGACUCGCGGUCUUCGGUUAUGGAUGACUGCAAUGAAUUGAGAGCAACUCUAAUGGAAGUCGAAAAGUCUAGGCUUGAUAUUAGACGGGAACUCAAUGACUAUAAAAUCAGUUAUUUUUCGCUCGAAAACAAAUACAAGUCUAAAGACAAUGAAUUACAUGACAUGAAGAGACGAUUGGAUGCACUCGAAGGCGAAAGGAAUUCAUUACAGAACUCACUCGAGUCGUCGGGCAAAUCAAUCACUCAAUUAAAGGACAUGAAUACGAAUCUCUCGCAACGAAAUAAGCAACUGAUGGCACAAAUGUCUUUCAAUGAGAACGAGCGCAGAGAGUUUGAGAGACAAUUGAAUUCCACGUCAAUGGCUAUGACUGAUAGGGAAAGCAACUUAUCUUUACUUAAGAAAGAAAACGAAUCGUUAAGAGAGAGAAACCUUAAACUGGAAAACGAAAAGAAGAGAAUCGAAAAGAGUUAUUCUCUCAUUGAGAAAGAGAAAUAUGUUUUGAAGACUAAUUUAGACGAUAUUCAACGCAAAAGUAGCAAAACGUUUGACAAUUCACACAACGAUGUGAUUAUAGAUGAGGCGAAGAUUAUCACUCAAGGAUUGGCUGCACUCGAGCUGAAGAAUAUUGAAUUGCAACGAAAGGUUCAGGGAUUGCAAUCAUUGAUGAAUGAGACCGAAGCCAUUAACGACACGGAUUCAGGCCAUCCAAUCAAUGGCAACGCUUCCGAUGAUUUACAUCGCUUACGGUUGGCUCAGAAACGCGCCGAAGAGCUUAUCGAUCGGAAAGAUUUUUCGAGUAAACAUCUGUCCAAUUAUGAAAAGGAGUUGAGUCGAUAUUCAUUGAGUCCCAGUCUGACGACAACUCCUCCCCGAUUCAAAGAGCCGCCAAAUCGUUCGCAUUCCGUCUCACGAGUCGGUCAUCUUAAGCAUCAAAACACCGAUACUUCCACUCCAUUGCCCGCGUAUUCGUCCACUUCUAAUAUAAAUAACGCUAAACGCAAACUGAAUUACAAUAAGAAUUGACAAUCGUUUGAAUGGACUCCGAGUUGGAUCUAGUCUUUCGUCUACAGUAUUGUUUAUAUAAAGACCGAACACUUGUUUCAGUAUUAAUUAUUAAGUCUGUAAUUAACUUAUUGUUUAUAAGUUGUCAGUAUUGAGUUUAUGCAACUUUUUAAGUUUUUAUAAACAAACAUCUUUUAACUCAGCAUUCCUUUCAAUUCCACCGAUUAUUGGCAAC